AUCGACGGUUCGGAUCAUCUGAUGUCCCUGUUGGGUUCGCUGCGGUGGGGUGCCUCUAAAGCAUUUCCCUCCUCCUGUUAAAUGAUUUGGAUUGGUUAUGUGGCACAAAAUUACCUGGCGGUAACGGGAGGCAGCCGAACCCAGCUUUCGAAUUUGAAAUCUCUCACCAAGUCGACCGUUGCCUGCAAAGCAUGAAAACUACAGAGAGCAGAAGGUGGGGAAGAAGAGACAGACCUCUUCUGGUCGACGACGACGACGACGACUUCUCGAGAUCAAUCAAGCAUGAGGCGCCACGGUUGGCAACUCCCUCUCCAUCCUCUCCAGUUUGUGGGAAUGGCUGUGUUCUGUUUCCUGGUGAUCUCCUUCUUCGUUUUCCUCGGACCUUUUCUAGGGAACAGAAUUCUCAAGAACACGAUCGUGACGCUCUUCUUCUUCGCGGCAUUGUCGGUAGCGAUCCUAUACACGAGGUGCACUGCCAUCGAUCCAUCGGACAGGACGGCCGCCAAGAAACGGAGGCGAAGCAAGUCCGCUGGCCUGCCGAAGCUGAACUACAGGUUCAUGUUGUGGCAGGUGGUGGUGAGGUUCUUCAGGAAGGUAGAAGGCAGGAUCCUCAGGCGCUGCAUAAGGAGGAAGUACUUGGAUCCAUGGCACCCGAACGUCCAAAUGCAGCCCCUCCUCUCCUUUCCUCUCGUAUUCCUCGAAGACGCCGCCACAAUGCCCGAUCGGAAGGACGACGACAUCACAUUCUGCACUCUCUGUGACUUGGAGGUGAAGAAGCACAGCAAGCAUUGCCGGAGCUGUGACAGGUGCGUCGACGGAUUCGAUCACCAUUGCAGGUGGCUCAACAACUGUAUCGGAAGAAAGAACUACACCACCUUCAUCCUCCUCAUGCUUCUCACAUUGUUAAUGCUCAUCAUAGAGGGCGGAACUGCGUUUGUGGUCUUCGUUCGCUGCUUCACCAACGGGAAGGAGAUCGCCAGCGAAUCGAAAGAGAUUCUCCAUGCUGAGAUUCCCAAAGGAGUUCUUGCAGCAAUAUCAAUGUUUCUGGCGCUGCUGACGGCAUAUAGCACAGCAGCAUUGGGGCAGCUAUUUUUCUUUCAUGUAGUUCUCAUCAGAAAGGGAAUGAGAACAUACGAUUACAUCCUGGCAAUGAGAGAACAAAGCCAGUCGGUUGAUCCAUUUGAUGAGUUGUAUUCAUCUUCGGAUGAAAGUGAUGACUUAGACUCACCAGAAAGACCCACUCUGCUGUCUCGGUUCCGAUGUCACAAAUCUGAAAAGAGCCAAAGCACCCAAAGAUUAUCGAUAAGAAUCGAAAAAGAUUCAGACUCAACUCCAAACAAGAAGACAGAAUUCCACAUCGACCCAUGGAAACUGAUCAAAAUGAGCAAGGAGAAGACACUGAUGGCAGCUGAGAGAGCAAGGGAGAGAAUGAGACAGAAAUUGACACCCAUGGUAGCGACUGGACUGUCCAUAUCACCACUGAAACCACUGCCGCUGGAGAUGAAACAGGGACCAUUGAUGAACCCAGAAGCGAAGAAGGUGAUCCUUAGAGACACGACACCUGUUGUCCCGAGGGGGUGGUUUCCAAGUUCACCAAGCAGACGUCUCUCCAGCCCCAGGCGGAGAUUCUCAGGGUCUCCUUCUCCAAGGCCUCAAAAGUACAGGAGCAGCUUCGACCCAAAACUGACAGAGGUUUCAAGGGAACUUGAGACAUACAUUUCCAAGCAGGUGCUGUGCGCUGUUCUUAAACAGGGUGAGGAUGAUGAGUCUUCUCCGAGAUAGCUUGAAGCUACUCAAUGUUCACCUUGCUUCCACUGGCUUCCCGCCACCUCUUAUUUUACCUUUUCUCAUCCUUUGAGAAAGGUUGACUUCAAUUCAAUUUCAAUUAAUUCAUGUGAAGAAGAUAUGCCAUAGUCAAGUCA